CCGGGCGCCAUCGAGCCUUGGCGGCGGACGUGCAGGCUGGAGUGCAAUGGUGUGAUCUCAGCUCACUGCAGCCUCAGAGUCAGGGUCUCGCUCUGUUGCCCACAAUCACAGUUCACUGCAGCCUAGACCUCCUGGGCUCAAGCUACUCUGCCUUAGCCUCUUCACCCACGAUCACAGUUCACUGCAGCCUAGACCUCCUGGGCUCAAGCUACUCUGCCUUAGCCUCCUCACCCACGAUCACAGUUUACUGCAGCCUAGACCUCCUGGGCUCAAGCUACUCUGCCUUAGCCUCCUCAGUACCCGGGACUUCAGGCUGUACCACCACAUGCGGCCAGUUCACGAUGGAGAAAGAGGCACAGAGAAGUUAAGUAACUUGCCCAAGGUCACACAGCUAAGAAUCUCGAUGCUGGCCUGGAGCAGAAACUGAGCUGGACCACUGGAGCCUCGGGUGCGGGGGGCAAUGGCACUGCAGCUCUGGGCCCUGACCCUGCUGGGCCUGCUGGGCGCAGGUGCCAGCCUGAGGCCCCGCAAGCUGGACUUCUUCCGCAGCGAGAAAGAGCUGAACCACCUGGCUGUGGAUGAGGCCUCAGGCGUGGUGUACCUGGGGGCGGUGAAUGCCCUCUACCAGCUGGAUGUGAAGCUGCAGCUGGAGCAGCAGGUGGCCACGGGCCCGGCCCUGGACAACAAGAAGUGCACGCCGCCCAUCGAGGCCAGCCAGUGCCAUGAGGCUGAGAUGACUGACAAUGUCAACCAGCUGCUGCUGCUCGACCCUCCCAGGAAGCGCCUGGUGGAGUGCGGCAGCCUCUUCAAGGGCAUCUGCGCUCUGCGCGCCCUGAGCAACAUCUCCCUCCGCCUGUUCUACGAGGACGGCAGUGGGGAGAAGUCUUUCGUGGCCAGCAAUGAUGAGGGUGUGGCCACAGUGGGGCUGGUGAGCUCCACGGGUCCCGGUGGUGACCGCGUGCUGUUUGUGGGCAAAGGCAACGGGCCGCACGACAACGGCAUCAUCGUGAGCACUCGGCUGUUGGACCGGACCGACAGCAGGGAGGCCUUUGAAGCCUACACGGACCACGCCACCUACAAGGCCGGCUACCUGUCCACCAACACACAGCAGUUCGUGGCGGCCUUCGAGGACGGCCCCUACGUCUUCUUUGUCUUCAACCAGCAGGACAAGCACCCGGCCCGGAACCGCACGCUGCUGGCACGCAUGUGCAGAGAAGACCCCAACUACUACUCCUACCUGGAGAUGGACCUGCAGUGCCGGGACCCCGACAUCCACGCCGCUGCCUUUGGCACCUGCCUGGCCGCCUCCGUGGCUGCGCCUGGCUCUGGCAGGGUGCUAUAUGCUGUCUUCAGCAGAGACAGCCGGAGCAGUGGGGGGCCCGGUGCGGGCCUCUGCCUGUUCCCGCUGGACGAGGUGCACGCCAAGAUGGAGGCCAACCGCAACGCCUGUUACACAGGCACCCGGGAGGCCCGUGACAUCUUCUACAAGCCCUUCCACGGCGAUAUCCAGUGCGGCGGCCACGCGCCGGGCUCCAGCAAGAGCUUCCCAUGUGGCUCGGAGCACCUGCCCUACCCGCUGGGCAGCCGCGACGGGCUCAGAGGCACAGCCGUGCUGCAGCGUGGAGGCCUGAACCUCACGGCCGUGACGGUCGCCACCGAGAACAACCACACUGUUGCUUUUCUGGGCACCUCUGAUGGCCGGAUCCUCAAGGUGUACCUCACCCCAGACGGCACCUCCUCAGAGUACGACUCUAUCCUUGUGGAGAUAAACAAGAGAGUCAAGCGCGACCUGGUACUGUCUGGAGACCUGGCCAGCCUGUACGCCAUGACCCAGGACAAGGUGUUCCGGCUGCCGGUGCAGGAGUGCCUGAGCUACCCGACCUGCACCCAGUGCCGCGACUCCCAGGACCCCUACUGCGGCUGGUGCGUCGUCGAGGGACGAUGCACCCGGAAGGCCGAGUGUCCGCGGGCCGAGGAGGCCAGCCACUGGCUGUGGAGCCGAAGCAAGUCCUGCGUGGCCGUCACCAGCGCCCAGCCACAGAACAUGAGCCGGCGGGCCCAGGGGGAGGUGCAGCUGACCGUCAGCCCCCUCCCUGCCCUGAGCGAGGAGGACGAGUUGCUGUGCCUUUUUGGGGGGUCGCCGCCACACCCCGCCCGCGUGGAGGGCGAGGCCGUCAUCUGCAACUCCCCGAGCAGCAUCCCUGUCACGCCGCCAGGCCAGGACCACGUGGCCGUGACCAUCCAGCUCCUCCUUAGACGAGGCAACAUCUUCCUCACAUCCUACCAGUACCCCUUCUACGACUGCCGCCAGGCCAUGAGCCUGGAGGAGAACCUGCCGUGCAUCUCCUGCGUGAGCAACCGCUGGACCUGCCAGUGGGACCUGCGCUACCACGAGUGCCGGGAGGCUUCGCCCAACCCUGAGGACGGCAUCGUCCGUGCCCACAUGGAGGACAGCUGUCCCCAGUUCCUGGGACCCAGCCCCCUGGUGAUCCCCAUGAACCACGAGACAGAUGUGAACUUCCAGGGCAAGAACCUGGACACCGUGAAGGGUUCCUCCCUGCACGUGGGCAGUGACUUGCUCAAGUUCAUGGAGCCGGUGACCAUGCAGGAAUCUGGGACCUUCGUCUUUCGGACCCCAAAGCUGUCCCACGAUGCCAACGAGACGCUGCCCCUGCACCUCUACGUCAAGUCUUACGGCAAGAAUAUCGACAGCAAGCUCCAUGUGACCCUCUACAACUGCUCCUUUGGCCGCAGCGACUGCAGCCUGUGCCGGGCCGCUAACCCCGACUACAGGUGUGCGUGGUGCGGGGGCCAGAGCAGGUGCGUGUAUGAGGCCCUGUGCAACACCACCUCCGAGUGCCCGCCGCCCGUCAUCACCAGGAUCCAGCCUGAGACGGGCCCCCUGGGUGGGGGCAUCCGCAUCACCAUCCUGGGGUCCAAUUUGGGCGUCCAAGCAGGGGACAUCCAGAGGAUCUCUGUGGCCGGCCGGAACUGCUCCUUUCAGCCGGAACGUUACUCCGUGUCCACCCGGAUCGUGUGUGUGAUCGAGGCUGCGGAGGCGCCUUUCACGGGGGGUGUCGAGGUGGACGUCUUUGGGAAACUGGGCCGUUCGCCUCCCAAUGUCCAGUUCACCUUCCAACAGCCCAAGCCUCUCAGUGUGGAGCCGCAGCAGGGACCGCAGGCGGGCGGCACCACACUGACCAUCCACGGCACCCACCUGGACACGGGCUCCCAGGAGGACGUGCGGGUGACCCUCAACGGCGUCCCGUGUAAAGUGACGAAGUUUGGGGCGCAGCUCCAGUGUGUCACUGGCCCCCAGGCGACACGGGGCCAGAUGCUCCUGGAGGUCUCCUACGGGGGGUCCCCCGUGCCCAACCCCGGCAUCUUCUUCACCUACCGCGAAAACCCCGUACUGCGAGCCUUCGAGCCGCUACGAAGCUUUGCCAGUGGUGGCCGCAGCAUCAACGUCACGGGUCAGGGCUUCAGCCUGAUCCAGAGGUUUGCCAUGGUGGUCAUCGCGGAGCCCCUGCAGUCCUGGCAGCCGCCGCGGGAGGCUGAAUCCCUGCAGCCCAUGACGGUGGUGGGUACAGACUACGUGUUCCACAACGACACCAAGGUCGUCUUCCUGUCCCCGGCUGUGCCUGAGGAGCCAGAGGCCUACAACCUCACGGUGCUGAUCGAGAUGGACGGGCACCGUGCCCUGCUCAGAACAGAGGCCGGGGCCUUCGAGUACGUGCCUGACCCCACCUUUGAGAACUUCACAGGUGGCGUCAAGAAGCAGGUCAACAAGCUCAUCCACGCCCGGGGCACCAAUCUGAACAAGGCGAUGACGCUGCAGGAGGCCGAGGCCUUCGUGGGUGCCGAGCGCUGCACCAUGAAGACGCUGACGGAGACCGACCUGUACUGUGAGCCCCCGGAGGUGCAGCCCCCGCCCAAGCGGCGGCAGAAACGAGACACCACACACAACCUGCCCGAGUUCAUUGUGAAGUUCGGCUCUCGCGAGUGGGUGCUGGGCCGCGUGGAGUACGACACACGGGUGAGCGACGUGCCGCUCAGCCUCAUCUUGCCGCUGGUCAUCGUGCCCAUGGUGGUCGUCAUCGCGGUGUCUGUCUACUGCUACUGGAGGAAGAGCCAGCAGGCCGAACGAGAGUAUGAGAAGAUCAAGUCCCAGCUGGAGGGCCUGGAGGAGAGCGUGCGGGACCGCUGCAAGAAGGAAUUCACGGACCUGAUGAUCGAGAUGGAGGACCAGACCAACGACGUGCACGAGGCCGGCAUCCCCGUGCUGGACUACAAGACCUACACCGACCGCGUCUUCUUCCUGCCCUCCAAGGACGGCGACAAGGACGUGAUGAUCACCGGCAAGCUAGACAUCCCCGAGCCGCGGCGGCCGGUGGUGGAGCAGGCCCUCUACCAGUUCUCCAACCUGCUGAACAGCAAGUCCUUCCUCAUCAAUUUCAUCCACACCCUGGAGAACCAGCGGGAGUUCUCGGCCCGCGCCAAGGUCUACUUCGCGUCCCUGCUGACGGUGGCGCUGCACGGGAAACUGGAGUACUACACGGACAUCAUGCACACGCUCUUCCUGGAGCUCCUGGAGCAGUACGUGGUGGCCAAGAACCCCAAGCUGAUGCUGCGCAGGUCUGAGACUGUGGUGGAGAGGAUGCUGUCCAACUGGAUGUCCAUCUGCCUGUACCAGUACCUCAAGGACAGUGCCGGGGAGCCCCUGUACAAGCUCUUCAAGGCCAUCAAACAUCAGGUGGAAAAGGGCCCGGUGGAUGCGGUACAGAAGAAGGCCAAGUACACUCUCAACGACACGGGGCUGCUGGGGGAUGAUGUGGAGUAUGCACCCCUGACGGUGAGCGUGAUCGUGCAGGACGAGGGAGUGGACGCCAUCCCGGUGAAGGUCCUCAACUGUGACACCAUCUCCCAGGUCAAGGAGAAGAUCAUUGACCAGGUGUACCGCGGGCAGCCCUGCUCCUGCUGGCCCAGGCCAGACAGCGUGGUCCUGGAGUGGCGUCCGGGCUCCACAGCGCAGAUCCUGUCGGACCUGGACCUGACGUCACAGCGGGAGGGCCGGUGGAAGCGCGUCAACACCCUUAUGCACUACAAUGUCCGGGAUGGAGCCACCCUCAUCCUGUCCAAGGUGGGGGUCUCCCAGCAGCCGGAGGACAGCCAGCAGGACCUGCCUGGGGAGCGCCAUGCCCUCCUGGAGGAGGAGAACCGGGUGUGGCACCUGGUGCGGCCGACCGACGAGGUGGACGAGGGCAAGUCCAAGAGAGGCAGCGUGAAAGAGAAGGAGCGGACGAAGGCCAUCACCGAGAUCUACCUGACGCGGCUGCUCUCAGUCAAGGGCACACUGCAGCAGUUUGUGGACAACUUCUUCCAGAGCGUGCUGGCGCCUGGGCACGCGGUGCCACCUGCAGUCAAGUACUUCUUCGACUUCCUGGACGAGCAGGCAGAGAAGCACAACAUCCAGGAUGAAGACACCAUCCACAUCUGGAAGACGAACAGCUUACCGCUCCGGUUCUGGGUGAACAUCCUCAAGAACCCCCACUUCAUCUUUGACGUGCAUGUCCACGAGGUGGUGGACGCCUCGCUGUCGGUCAUCGCGCAGACCUUCAUGGACGCCUGCACGCGCACGGAGCAUAAGCUGAGCCGCGAUUCUCCCAGCAACAAGCUGCUGUACGCCAAGGAGAUCUCCACCUACAAGAAGAUGGUGGAGGAUUACUACAAGGGGAUCCGGCAGAUGGUGCAGGUCAGCGACCAGGACAUGAACACACACCUGGCAGAGAUUUCCCGGCCGUGCGUCACACAAGGAGACACUGAGAUGGUUGCAUGUGCACAACUCUGCCUGCGUGGGUGUCUGUCCGAGGCUGCGCCACAUGGGGGGCCCCAAGUGCCAGCUGUGCCCAAGGCCCCAGCUGCUGCCCCGGGGAGGCCUCGUCCUGGGCGUCCCGUACUACUCCUGCCAGCCCUGGGGCUCCCACAGCCCCUUUUCCACCCUGACUGUCCCGUCACCCCCCAGGCACACACGGACUCCUUGAACACCCUCGUGGCACUACACCAGCUCUACCAAUACACGCAGAAGUACUAUGACGAGAUCAUCAAUGCCUUGGAGGAGGACCCUGCCGCCCAGAAGAUGCAGCUGGCCUUCCGCCUGCAGCAGAUUGCGGCUGCGCUGGAGAACAAGGUCACUGACCUCUGACCUACAAUCUCCAGUGCUGCCUUGGGACAUAGGUACCUGAGGUACCUGAGAGCCCCUCGGGGGAGGAGGCCGAGUGGCUGUGGCUGAGGCCCCCACCCUCCCCUGGAACGCGCCCCAAGCCGGAGUGGGUGCAGCCGGAACCCGCCCAGCGUCUAGACUGUAGCAUCUUCCUCUGAGCAAUACCGCCGGGCACUGCACCAGCACCAGCCCCAGCCCCAGCUCCCUCCGGCCGCAGAACCAGCAUCGGGUGUUCACUGUCGAGUCUCGAGUGAUUUGAAAAUGUGCCUUACGCUGCCACGCUGGGGGCAGCUGGCCUCCGCCUCCGCCCACGCACCAGCAGCCGCCUCCAUGCCCUAGGUUGGGCCCCUGGGGGAUCUGAGGGCCUGUGGCCCCCAGGGCAAGUUCCCAGAUCCUAUGUCUGUCUGUCCACCUCGAGAUGGGAGGAGGAGAAAAAGCGGUACGAUGCCUUCCUGACCUCACCGGCCUCCCCAAGGGUGCCGGCACUCUGGGUGGUCUCACGGCUGCUGGGCCCCACGUCAAAGGUCAAGUGAGACGUAGGUCAAGUCCUACGUCGGGGCCCAGACAUCCUGGGGUCCUGGUCUGUCAGACAGGCUGCCCUAGAGCCCCACCCAGUCCGGGGGGACUGGGAGCAGUUCCACCAAGACCACCCCACCCCUUUUUGUAAAUCUUGUUCAUUGUAAAUCAAAUACAGCCGUCUUUUUCACUCUG